AUGGCGGGGGACGGCGGAGCGGCGGGCCCGGCCGCCUCUCGGGAGCUGCUGGCUGUAGGGCGCCGAGGAGGACUGGAAGAAACUUUGUUGAUUAGUUCAAAAUGCAGCAGCAAGAAGGCCACAACUUUACAGACAGUUAGGAUGCCAAGGAGUAACGUUUUGGACCGAGUACAGAGCUUUUUACCACAGAUGGCCCAUGCAAAUGAUGAGCUAAGAAGAAAAAUGGUAACAGCACCAGCUCAUCAGUUUGAUAUUGAAAAUCUAGACAGUGCAACAGAAAAAGUUAUAGAAAUGAAUGUUGCUGUAGUUGAAUUGAGUGAUUCUGAUACAGAUGAAGAGAUACUAACUUCAGAAGAUGACUCGGAAUCUGAAGAUGACUGUACAACUGAUGAAGUGACAAUAGACAACAUUAAGUUUCCUAAACAAAAGGGAGAAAAGGGCAAAAUAGAAAUUUUGGACAGCAAAGUGAAUGAGUAAAUCCAUUUUAUUGUACUUAAAAAAAACAAAACAAGACAACAAACCAACAACAAAAACCCCAAAUCAUGUUUUCUUACUUUGAAGACUCGGCCCUUAAAACUACCUUGUUUCCCAAUGUAGCAUCCCUCAGGAUCAUGUGAAAUGCUAUAGUUUACAUGGUGGAGAAUUCAGGAUCCAGUCAUGACUGAGGCAGGCCGGAUUUCUGAAGAAUUAUGUAUGGUUUUAUUCAUCGAACAACAUGGAAAUGAACUUCAUAGAAGGUUAGACUAAGAAAGCAGCUAGAAUUUGGGGCACUUGAACUAGUUAAGUUAAAAUUCUUGUUCUGUUGCUUUGUUGAAGAAAGAUUUUUGUAGUGUGCUAGAAGUUUUUGCUUCAAGGGCAGGAAAGAGUUAACUAGGAAAAAAAGCUUCGUUUUUUAUAUUCCAUGUCCUGUGAAGUGUUAUGUACAAUGUCUUCAAUAUUAAACAUUAUAUCUUAAAGUA